AUGGAUGAUGUACCGAUCGAGGAGCCAAAGCUGGCUCAGUGUACGAGCAACGUGAAGUCUGUCACGACCGACUUGAUGGCCUGGAGUGGCGAUAUUUUAGGUUUGCAGGUUCUGCCUGGCAUGCUCAUACUGUUUCAGGGAACAAAGAAUCCGCAACUCGCAAUAGUACUCAUCGGAAGUGCCAUCCGUCUUGCACAAAGCAUGGGACUUCCUUCUGCCAGAGCAUCCGACGAUCCUGAUGAAGCAGCACAACGUCACCGAGAUCUUGCCUUUCGCACCAAAGCGCCCUACACCCAAUUCGAUGCCGAAACCGAUCUUGAACUUCCGGAUCAGCGUGUAGAUGACGACACUGGAAUACUAGAGUCACGCACAGGGACGAUUAGGUUCAACUACUUGCGUGUUCGGUCCGAGUUGGCAAUAAUUCAAGGCAAAGUGCACAACUUCCUCUACAGCAGGACAGCUCAACGACUGUCCCAAGAGCAACGGGCAGAGACCAAGGACCGUGUCGAACAAAUUGCUCGCCAACUGGCGCAGCGCGUUACCACUGGAGCUCCUACGAUCAGACAAACUGUUCCAAGAUUUCUCGACAAUCUCAGUUCACCUUGUGAUGAACAUGUAUAA